CUGUGUCGCUUCAAACAGGACAGACAGUGACACUGGAUUAGUUUUGCCGGUUAGUCCUCAGUUCUCCGAGAUUUGGAAGCAAAAAGAUUGAGUAGGCCAGACGCAUCUGUGUGGAUCUGCAAGUGAUGGAUGGGUUUGUCUCCUACUGGAAGAUUCUCUUCAAGAGACCAGUGCUGACUGACUGACACUGCCCGACUCCUCUUCUGAGAAGCAGCAAGAUCGGGAUCUCUUGGUGCCAUGCCUCGGCCGGGUAAGAACUCGUACAGUGACCAGAAGCCGCCCUACUCCUACAUCUCCCUGACGGCCAUGGCCAUCCAGAACUCGUCGGAGAAGAUGCUGCCUCUGAGCGACAUCUACAAGUUCAUCAUGGAACGCUUCCCGUACUACCGUGAGAACACGCAGCGCUGGCAGAACUCCCUCCGCCACAACCUGUCCUUCAACGACUGCUUCAUCAAGAUCCCUCGACGACCCGACCAGCCCGGCAAGGGCAGCUUCUGGGCGCUGCACCCGGACUGCGGUGACAUGUUUGAAAAUGGAAGCUUUCUGCGGCGCCGAAAGCGCUUCAAGGUUCUGCGGCCCGAGCACAAGCCUGCCCUGCACCCGUAUCACCCACAUCACCAUGCCCAGCAGCACCCUCCGCAUCACCACCACGCACAUCACCCUAGCAAGCUGGCCGCAGCUCAUCCGGAUUACUUAGGUGCCAUGGGACGACUCUCCUCGCACUUCCAAAGCUACGCCCACGCUGGGGGCUUCAAGCACCCCUUUGCCAUUGAGAGCUUGAUUGGCCGAGACUACAAGGGUGUGAUGCCCAUCGCCUCCGUCAUGCAUCAUUUGGGCUACCCGGUACCUGCCCCUGCGCUGGGGGGUGUAGUCAACCCUGUGUGGCCCCACGUAGGGGUUCUGGCUGAGCCGCCGCCCAUCCCACACGAGUACCCUUCCUUCGGGGUGGCCGUCAAGGGGCUCUACCACCAUCCUGGUGGCCCCAACAUGCCCGCCGUCCCUGUGCCCAUCAAACCAACCCCAACACUGGCCUCUAUGCCCGCUCUGACUGGUCUGUCCCGGAUGGACAGGGAAGCGACAGAUCUGACAGAAGACAAGAGUGGAGCUCUGCAUGCUGCGCUGCUGUAGAUUUGAAGUGGCAUAGAUGUGUGGAGGUACUAGGGGUGAUAAAAUGCAUCGCAGUGCUUUGAUUUGAAGGUGAUGAUUUAACUGUGUCAGUUUUGGAAUCUUUGGGCAAAAUAAAAGUCUCUGGCUAUUUUUCAAUGUAAACAUCCAAGAUAAAAAGCUUAGUGAUCUUUUAUCAUGUAAAUUAAUUCCUACAUUUGCAUUUUUGGUGUAUUUUCAAAAAUGAACCAAACCGCAAGAAUUAAAUCUAACUAUAGUCGGAGGUUUACGCCCCUAGUACUGCUUCGGACAGCGACUGCCGCUUCAGGGCUCUGAUAAAGAUCCUGCAGAGUCUAAUAUUUACUCUCUUGGUCAGUAGGGAAAGGCAGUGAGAGUGGACACUUGGACACCUCUUAAGGUACUGCAAACUGUGUUGUAUUAAUUUCUUAAUGGGUUUCCCAGACAGGGAUUAAUCCUAGGUACCACUCGUUGUACUGUAUAUAUCUUAUAGUUUAUAUAUCUGCUAUCACUUAAGAACUCUGUUAAGCGUCCUGGAGGGUGUAACAUUUAUCCGGGUCAGUAAAGAAUGGCAACAUGAACACCUCUUUCAGGGGAAUUCCUCCGACUUUUAUGUUUCUGCAUAUUAAAAUUGUUCAGCUAUAUAAAAGUAAGUCAUUCUGAGUGGUUUGAUGUGAAACGUUCUAUUAUAAAGAAACCUACAGAGUGAGAAUCGUUUACAGUGGUGGUGAUAGGAACCAGACGUCCAAAGCAUUUAUCACCUCCAAAGGAAGUUAUUACAUAAAAUGGGUAGAAAUAUUCUGCAUGAAGACGUUUUAUUUUAUAAUAGUUCUGAGAUAAGAUUUUGGCCUAAAACAUUGAAAGGCAAAAUAUUCUUUUUUAUCACAUACAAAAACUCACAUAUAGGUUCUCCGGUUGUUCUGAACAGUAAAUAAAAUGGCUAUAUUUGUGUUUCAGGCAUGGUGACCCCUGGCUCCUAUCACCAGCACUGUAAAGAGGUUUUUCUACACCGUAUCAUUUCACAUCAAAACACCCCGAUUGGCUUUAUUUACACCUCAACCACUGAAUUAUGUAGAGAUUUUUUUAAAUGGUGGAGUUGCCGUUUAUGGUCUUUCAAACUAUUUCGUAUUUAUUUCUUAUAUAGGGUUGGUUUCCCAGACAGGACUUAAAGCUAGUCUUGGACUACAUUUGCUUUUCAAUGUAGAAACACCUUUCAGAAUGCUGUGUAGUCCAGGACCGUCCAGGAAACUGACCCAUAGUGUAUAGAUCUUCUGCCACUUAUUUAUUAUGACAGUUCUCUGCCAGAUCUCAAGCAGGUACAAAAUGUAUCCCAACAAUCACACUUAAACUUAUUUAUUGCUGUUUUUUCUUUUGAGUCUUUUAUAAUGUUUGAUGCUUGAGACGGGCCAUCGUGUAACUCUAUGACUGAUACUGAACUGAACUUUCACUGUAUGGAAGGUUUCUGUUUGCUGUAAAUUGGAGAGAUUGUGUAAAGUCAGUAUUGGGAAAACGUGUAAAUAUUACGGCGUGCCUCGCAUGCAUGCUUGCCUUUGUAAAGACUGUUCUGGAAUGCACUACGUUAGGAAGAAAUAAUGUCAUGAAAUGAGCCCAAAGUCAAAAUGUGCAUCAUUUUUAUUCAAACAAAUGUAAAUGGUAAAAUAUUAUAUCUUUAGAAAUGCUAACUGUUAUGAUCUGCUACAAAAAUGUGAAUACUAUUUUAAUGUGAUAUUUACUAACCUUGAAUAUGAUUUUUACCCAACAAACAGCCUUAAUUCCACAUCAUCUAAUAGCCUAGUAUAACAUAUUGAAUGAUUUAUCAUGCUGAAAAUCAAGACUUCUCUGUGAUGAUUCAUGUUCUAUGAUGCUCUUAAAUUAUUUAUA